AUGCAUUUGAAGGGAAUGCAGCUCCUUGAUACCAUCGAUAAGUCGAAAACGAUUUCAGAAGAGAAAAAGGCAAAGGCCUUGAUAUUUUUAUUCCACCACAUCUAUGAUGGUUUAAAAGAUGAAUAUAUCACGAAAGAAGAUCCCACAGAUCUUUGGCAAUCACUCCAAAAUAGGUUUGAUCACCAGACGUAUGUGAUCUUACCAAAGGCUAGGCAUGAGUGGUUAAACCUCUGUUUCAAGAUUACAAGAGCGUUGCAACAAUACCGGGCAAAAGGAUACAAGAAGUAUUCUGAGUUAAUGCAAGUUCUCCUGGUAGCAGAACAAAAUAAUGAACUUGUGAUGUUAAACCAUCAAUCUCGUCCAACUGGAUCAGCUCCACUCCCAGAAGUGAAUGUUGCAUCGUCCAAUGCUAAUAAUUGGCAACAAGGACAAGGACUCGGCCAUGGUAACAAUCGAGGUCAUGGACGAGGAUAUGGACGUGGACGUGGACGUGGAUGUAGCAAAAGGCUCCGCUCUAAUUACUUCACCAAUGGAAGGAAUAAUAAAAGAAAUGAAGAUGGCCAAGAAAUGAAUAAGCAGUAUGAUAAUACUACUUGUUAUAGAUGCGACAUAAAAGGACAUUGGUCCCAUUUCAUAGUUGAUCCUGAAGAUAUCAACGGAAAGCAAAACAACUAA